AUGAGUUCAAAAUCAACCUCUGUUGCUUCUGCUUCUACUAGUGGCUCCAUCUCUGAAAAUGCCACUGUUGAUUCUAAGAUUGAAGUUCCAAAAGAUGAUGCUGAAAUAAUUUGGGAACAUGGAAUUUCAAUUGAUGGUGAAAAUGCAAUCCAAUGCAAGUAUUGUGAUCAAAUAAUAAUGGGUGGGCUAUACAGAUUUGCGAGUCACUUGCUUGGAUCUGAACAUGGUGGUGAAGCUUGUGGUAAAGAUGUUGAUGAUGAGGUGUAUGAGGAUGAGGGCGAGGACGAGGAUGAGGGGGAGGGGAGGAAGUGUGUCGGAGUUGGCAAAAAAAGAAAAGCAAAUAAUGUUGGUGGUGAAAGUUUUGAUUUUGAAGAUAUUUUCAAGAAAAAAAGAGGUGGGUCAAUAGCUAGUGGUGAUAAUAAUAAUAUUGAGGAGGAAGCGUGUCGAGCGAUUGCGAGGUUUUUCUACAACAAUGCAAUACCGAUGAAGGCGGUGAAGAGUAUGGAGUUUGUUCAAAUGUGUGCUAUGGUUUCGAGAUGUGGUGUAGGGUUUGUGCCGCCAUCUUUUGAUGAGAUUAGAGGGAAGUAUUUGAGGGAAGAAGUUAAGUUGGUGAAUAAAGCUUUGGAAGAUCAUAGAGUUCAAUGGAAGAAAACGGGGUGUUGUGUAAUGGUUGAUGGAUGGACUGACAAGAAGAAGAGGAGUAUAUUGAACUUGUUGGUGAAUAGUGUGAAUGGGACGUUCUUUUUAAAGUCGGUUGAUGCGUCAGAUAUGUUGGAAUCGUCUGAGAAAUUGUUUAAGAUGAUGGAUGAUGUUGUUGAAGAGGUUGGGGAAGAAAAUGUUGUUCAAGUUGUCACGGAUAAUACGGCUUAUUUCAAAGCUGCUGGUGAGAUGUUGAUGGAGAAGAGGACUAGGUUGUAUUGGACACCUUGUGCGACACACUGCAUUGAGAGGAUGUUGGAAGAUUAUGAGAAGAAGAUACCUGUUCAUGAAGAGAUAAUUACAAAGGGUAAAAAAAUUACAACCUUUAUUUAUUCGAGGGCUUCUCUCAUUUCUCUAUUGCAUAAGUUUACGCAAGGAAUAGAUUUGGUGAGACAAGGCAUUACAUGUUGUGCCACGUCUUACUUAACUUUAUACUGUCUUCAUGAGACCAAGGGAGCUUUGAGAACAAUGUUCACAUCCGAGGCAUGGAAGUCUACCCAGUUUGCGAAAACAAGUGGUGGGAAAAUUGCUGAGGAUGUGGUUUUGGACAAGGAGUUCUGGAAAAAUGUUACGAAUUGUUUGAACGGCGCAAAUCCUCUGCUUGAUGUGCUUCGUUUGGUCAAUUCAAUCGAUGAACCAGCCACCGGUUUCAUUUAUGAAGCAAUGGAGAAAGCUAAAGACGAAAUACGAAGGGGUCUUUUCAAAGGUGGCACAGAUAGUUUUAGCUUUAUGCCUCUAUGGGAGAUCAUUGAUGAAAGAUGGGACAAACGACUCCACGGCCCCUUGCAUGCAGCAGGCUAUUUUCUUAACCCUCAGUUUCACUAUAGCCAUAGAUUUAGAGAUGAUGCUGUAGUUAAAUAUGGUCUACACGAUUGUAUAAAAAGGAUGGUGGCUGAUCCCGAAGAAAGAGCUAAAAUUGAAAUUCAACUCGAUGAUUUCGAUAAACGGGCGAACUAUAUGGGUCACCCUGAAGCCAUAAGGACAGCUCGUAUUGAGAUUCCAUCAGUUUGGUGGAGAGCCUUUGGAGAGGGACUACCGGAGCUCCAAAAAUUUGCGUGUCGUGUAUUAAGCUUGACAUGCAGUUCUUAUGGGGGUGAGCGUAAUCGGAGUGCCUUCGAGAUGGUUCAUGCUAAGAGAAGAAACCUUUUGUGGCAAAAGGCUUAUAAUGAUGCUGUCUUUGUCAUGGCUAAUUCAAAAUUGGCUGUAGAGAAAGCUAGAAGGGUUGUUUGGCGAAAUGGAAAAAUUGAAGCUACUCGAUAUCUAAAGUCUCAACGUGAUGUGAUUGCUGAUUUGUAUGAUGAAUAUGGAGUUGGAGACGAAGAUGAAGAUGGAGACGAAGAUGAAGAUCAAAUGGAAGUUUCUGAUUAAAUACCUAGAAUUUGACUAUUAUCGAUGUUUAUCUUGGUACUUGUUAAAUCCUUAAUACUUGCUUAAGGUUUUAAUUUGUGACUUGUGAAUUGUGUUUGGCUUUCUUAUGGGUUUUCACUUGAGUUUAAUGGUAUGCUUUCUUAUUUAUGUUCUA